AUGGCCUACCACCCGUUCCUGCUGCAGCGGCCCACGGACUUCAGCGUCAGCUCGCUGCUAACGGCCGGCGGGGGCGGCGGCGGCCUGUCGGCGAGCGGUGGCGGAGGCGGCAGCGGGGGCGGCAGUCCGGCCCCACCGCCCCCGACCGGCUGCCAGGCGGGAGGCGGCAGCAGUAGCGGAGGCAGCACCAGCAGCAACGGACCCGCGACGACGCCGCCCGGCGCCGCGCAGCAGCCGCCCCCGGCCCUGCCUCCGCCCCCGGCGGCGCCGGCCGUUCCUCCGCCGCCGCCACCUCCGCCGCCCCCGCACCCGGCGACGGCGGCGGCGGCGCACCAGUACCACUUCCUGGCGGCGGCAGCUGCCGCGGCGGCGCUGGGAGGUGCCGUCGGCCCCUACAAGCUGCCCCCGGUCGCGGUGCCGCCCCCGCUGGCGGCGCACGCCGCCCACGCCGGCCCUGGCGGCCCGGCGCACGCCUACACCACGGCCGAGGAGGUGCUGGCGGCGGCGGUCGCGUCGCACCACCCGCACCACCCCGCGCUCGUGCGGCCGCUGAGGCCGCCGCUGCCGCCCGACGACGACGGCGUCGUCGACGACCCCAAGGUGACCCUCGAGGGCAAGGAGCUCUGGGAGAAGUUCCACAAGCUCGGCACCGAGAUGGUCAUCACCAAGUCCGGCAGGCAGAUGUUCCCGCAGAUGAAGUUUCGCGUGUCGGGGCUGGACGCGAAAGCGAAAUACAUCCUGCUGCUGGACAUUGUGGCCGCCGACGACUACCGGUACAAGUUCCACAACAGCCGGUGGAUGGUCGCCGGAAAGGCUGACCCUGAAAUGCCUAAGCGCAUGUACAUCCACCCAGAUAGCCCAUCCACGGGCGAACAGUGGAUGCAAAAAGUCGUUUCCUUCCAUAAGCUGAAGCUGACCAACAACAUUUCCGACAAGCACGGCUUUGUAAGUACUACCAUCCUCAACUCGAUGCACAAGUACCAGCCGCGCUUCCACCUCGUACGGGCCAACGACAUCCUCAAGCUGCCCUACUCCACGUUCCGCACCUACGUCUUCAAGGAGACCGAAUUCAUCGCCGUCACCGCCUACCAGAACGAAAAGAUCACGCAGCUGAAGAUCGACAACAACCCCUUCGCCAAGGGCUUCCGCGAUACGGGGGCCGGCAAGCGUGAGAAGAAGCAGGCGCUACUGGCAGCUCAGAGGCAUCCCGCGGCCGCGGUGGCGGCGGCUGCGGCGGCGGCCGCGGCGGCGGAUGAGGACGACCGCCUGCUCGACGUGGUGGGCACCGGCGCAGACCCGCCCCCGCUACACCUGCACCACGCCCACUCCGCGUGGUUCUCGCUGUCCGCAGCGGGCUCGGCCCCCGACAUGUCUGCGGGCGAGGAGGCGGCGCUGCGGCGGCGGCUGCACCAGCACCAGCACGCGCACGGCCACGCCGUGCCGCCCCCGCCCCUCGGCCACCACGACGACAGCGAGCGCGACGGCAGCGACUCGAGCUGCUCCGAGUCGACGGCCGCCGGCGACUACCCGGCGCCCAACAUCUCCGUGGGGCCGCCCAUUCACCCGCCGCCCCACCUGCUGCCCUACCUCUACCCCCACGGGCUGUACCCGCCGCUGGCGCCCGGCCCGCCGCUGUCGCUGUUUGCGGGCCCCGGCGGCGCGCCCGGCGCCGCCCCCGGGCUGCUGUUUAACGCGCAACUGGCCCUGGCCGCGCAGCACCCGGCGCUCUUCGGCCACUACUCGGCGCUGCACCACCCGGCCGCGACAGCCGGCGGGGGCGGCGCCGGGGGCGGCGGCGCGCUGCACCAUCCGCUGGGAGCCAAGGGCGGCCGCUUCGCGCCCUACUCGCUGCCCGGCAACUCCGUGGGCUCCGCCUUCGAGACGGUGACGCCCGGAGGCGGCACCGGCGGGGGUGGCAGUCCCAAAUCGCACCUGCACGCGCCGCCCCCGCAGCACACGCCUCCCGGGCCACUGCCGCAGCCGACGCCCCUCGGACCGCUAUCCACCGGCUCGAGCUCGCCCCCAGCUUCGCCGCCGCACCAGCAACAGCAGGAGGCGGCGCCGCCCCCACCACCCGCGCCCGCCGCCACCGCCAGUGAGCUCAAGAGCAUCGAGAAGAUGGUGAACGGCCUCGAGGUGAAACCGCGCGACGCCUCUCCCAAGUGCGGCGACGACAAGGUGGUGGUCUAGCGAUCGCGGACUCCCUGCGAUGUCGUCCUUUCCUCCAGUCGGCGCGGCUGAACCCGGGGUCGACGUCUCUGAACGCCUCCAGUCCUUCAAUAUCUUCCACAGUCCAAAAGUCGGGCUGUUACCUUGUUGUACAGUUAGUAAUGUGCUAUCGACGAUAACUCUGACUGCAGAAUAAAGUGGGAGGAGCGAGCAUGAGUUUAAGCGCUUCAUACACUGGCUGGCGUCUUUCAGAGGCAGUAGUAAUUUAAUGGAGCAUUUUUGUUCAUAAAAUCCGUAUGAUGAUUGCGGUCUUGGUUGAGAUGUGCUUCUCCUACAGAAAGUACAACUGCUGUUCCAUCAACAAUUUGAAAAAAAGAUAUGUCCUGUCCGAUGGUUAUUAAAACCAAACAUUUCGUGUCACUACUGAAAGAACAUCAUUUUGUGUCACUAUUGGAAGAACCACCUUAUUUACGGAUGUGCGUUUCACUGUGCACGCCAUCUAUGGUAAACAUAGGUGCUGCCUACAUUGCCGUGUAGUAUGACAGCCUGUUGACUCUCCAUCCUCCUCCCACGUAUUCUCCAUGCUGUAAGAGCUGACAUCGUUUUUCUAACGAUAGAACACCGACUGAGAAAAAGGCUAUACACACAAAGAACAAUGAAAAUUGCUGCAUUGAAGAUUUUUUGUUUAUAAUUUUCCGCCUUACUAGAAACCGCUUAGUUUUGUGGAACUAACAGCGGCCUUGUCAAAUUCAUUUCCACUACUGUACAGAAGUUUAUAAUUUUGCCAAGAAGGACAGCGGACACGCCUAGAAACGAGUGAAACGAACCGUUGGUACAUGGACUUCUCUUUUGAAGAUAAACGAAAUGGACAUUUUGAUCAACGAGUUUCGACACACCGUCUGCCCCCCAUCUGAAAACUAGCGUCGAGGUUGCGCUUUGUAAUACGAUAUCUACAGCUAGCUGUACACAUAUUAUACAUAAAUAAUUUUAAACUAUGUAAAUAGAAGAAGAUUCAGCAAAUAACAAUAUGCAUCAUGUACCAUAGAACGUCUGUGUAUAAGUGAAUAAAAUGUUUUAUUUAUACCAAAGAAAGUAUGUUUGUUUAUAAAAAAUACAAAAUUAUUGUCUCUUGUAAAUCAUAGUGAACAUACGAAGCUGGAACAUGUGCAGUGACGAAUAGAUGAAGUAGGUCUUUGAGCUUUUGUGUGUCCCUGGCCUGCCUUUGUAUAAUAAAACAAUUUUUAAAAAAAUGAAAAAGAUAAUAAGCACGUUUGUAAGUACAAUCAUGUAAUUCUUUUCUGUUUACUGAUUUGUAAGGCAUGGUAAGAUAACCUAUCUGCUUGUGAUCUUGUUUCAUUAACGACACGAUUUGUACGCCUCCUUUUAUAUGAAACGCAGUAAUUUGUUGAGAACAUUGCCACACGUAUUAUACGAUUUACUCUGACUCUGCAUGCGGAAUAUUUUAUGCAAUAUAUUCUGAAGAGUACAAAUUUCUUACCUGUGACGCCAGUCUGGCCUGUAACUCAUGGAUUCACACAACAAACGAAAAUAACAAGACUCAUUCCUUUCUCGUAGCACCCACAAUAUCUACCUGCCAAUAGUAGUGCUUUUAUAGGUAGUUCUGGCUAGUAAUUUAUUGACUUGCCCGCCAUUCAGGAAUAGAUCUGGGCAUAUUCACUAGUUUCUCACAAAAAUGCCUAAAGAAAGCAUUAUCGAAUCACUGUGUUUUAACUCUGUGUUAUGUUACAGGGAAAAUAACAGGAAACGUUGCAUUUAAUAGGAAUCAGUCAGCAACCAAUUUUUUUUUUCCUUCUGAAAUGUAGUGUACGUUAAGGAAGUUCACGACACCCAUGUGCAAUUUUUAUAUUAAAUAAGUUCUGUAUGGAGCUUCUCAUAUUUCAGUUCCACAUUUGGAAUAAGAAGAUACAGAUUUUGCGCGUUGCUCACUGCAUAGAUUCUCUAUACAGGCGUUUUCAGAUCCUUGGUGGUAAAAAAGCGGGACUCGUUUCCAGCUUUCUGGAGAACGUGGCCCUACGACUUCGAUUUCUGAAGAUCCUUCCCCGCUAUCGAUGUCAGAGAUGAUUGGUCUUUAACAAUAAGUGUGUCCUUGCAACAUAUUCUAGGGAGUGCUGAUACAUCACAUCCACUCGCUAUCAAUCCAGUGGGUUUUGUAUGGUUCUUCUUGAGUGGAUGAAGUCAGAGCAUGUAACCAAAAGACCAUGCUGAUUGUACAGUUAUUACUGGGAGUCAGUCAGAAACCCUCAUACUCUGAUAUAUUGGUGAGAACCAUGAUACCACUUUUUAUUAAUCAGCUCAUUACAUAAGUGUUGUGCCAGUGUAAAAGGGAUUACAUUUCUCCACAGAAUUGUGCAUUAAUUUUACUGUCGUACUGUAACUACAUAGACUACCAACCAGUAUGGGAAAUUAGUUCUGUAAUAUCCUACUGAAGGGCAUGCUGUCUUCCAUAAGAUAAAAGUGUAAGAGCAGAGUAGGCAGUUUUUGACUACUAGUCCUAAUGCAGCGGUUCCAUACGUUUUCCUAUUAAAAAACCUUAAAAAAUUACACCAUCCCAUGGAUCCCAAUUUCAUACUACAGUGGCUGCAAAACCAAAACAUUGUGUUGAAUACUGCUGUUACCUGCUGUUACAUAUUGCCACCACAUGCAAAAUCGGAUAACCAUAUCAGAGUUGACAGCAUUUUUUUAAAUUUAAUUUUCAUAAUUGACUUACUCAGUUUGAUAUCAAAUACCCUUUGCUGAAAACUCUGUGCACCAAUGGGAAGUAUUAGUAUUCUGAGUAAUACAGUUUGGAAACCACUGCGGUAGCGGAUGUACCCGAUUUAUGCCCGCUAAUUUCGUUAUUGUUAAUGAAACACAUAUAUUUGAAAAAUACUACACUCGUGUAUCAAAUUUUUCUUUUAAAUAUGUUUUAGUUUUGGAAUAGCUAAUUACCAACACACAAGUUUCUCUAGAACCUACAAGCAAGGUUUUUAUAAUCCAAAUAAAACAAAUUCAUCACCUGUUAUCCAUAUCAAGGAAAAGGCAUCACGGUUUCCAGUGGCGAGCCUGUUUCCUCCCAGUCGUAUUGCAAGAGCUUGCCUGCUUCUCAUUAUUUUCUGUUGAUUUAGUUUAAACUUCAUAGAAAUAUAGUUAUGAUGACAUUACCGAAUCGCUAUUUUAAAAUUAUUUUUUAGUUAUUGUUACAUGUAAGCACUUACCUCUCGAGUUGUGUCUUACUACUUACUGCUGUAUUGUAAUUGCGUUGGGGAAGCCGCUUCUCGCCACAUAUAGCUGACAGGGAAUACAGGUAUGUCGCUGGUGCCUUUCCCCGCUUGCAACGCCAUAAAUACGAAGCUGUCAAGACAAUGACGAAACGGUUCUGUCCACUUCUCCCGAACUGCAAAUACUUCACAGGAAAAGUGAAGGAACCGAACUCUUAGCAAUAAAUAACUUUUUCUUAGGCUGCUGUUAUUAUUGUGAAAUAA